CAUCCUUCUAUAUACUGGUAAGUCUCUAUAAAUUUAUACAUUCUACUAUUAAAAUUAUUUUAUUAUUUUCUGGCGUUUUUGAUAUAUCUUAUUAUUUUAUUUGCUAACACUAUAAUUAUUACUUGGUAUAAUUUCUUUAUUAUUUAUGGUUUUAAUACUAAAAUAAUUCUUUAGUUAAGAUGCCAAUUUCCGUAACCACAUCGGAUCAGUUUCAGCAUAUAUUGCGUGUUCUGAAUACAAACGUAGAUGGACGUGAGAAAGUAGUAAUAGCACUUACAGCCAUAAGAGGGGUUGGAAGACGUUUUGCAACUGUUGUAUGCAAAGAGGCAGGGGUAGACAUUACAAAGAGGGCUGGAGAAUUGACUCAAGAUGAGAUCAACAAACUAGUUGCUAUCAUAUCCUCUCCCGCAGAGUUUAAAGUGCCUCACUGGUUCCUUAACAGACAAAAGGAUGUCAAGGAGGGAAAACAUAUGCAUAAUGCGUCAAACUUGCUAGAUUCAUGUCUACGUGAAGAUCUUGAAAGACUUAAGAAAAUGAGACUCCACAGAGGUUUAAGGCACUACUGGGGACUAAGAACACGUGGCCAACAUACCAAAACCACUGGAAGACACGGACGCACUGUCGGUGUCGCAAAAAAGAAGUGAUUUGUUUAAUCUACUUUUUUACACAA